AGUAAGUGAGAAUGUCGUGGCAAACUUACGUCGAUGAGCACCUGAUGUGUGACAUCGAAGGCACAGGCCAGCACCUAACAGCCGCCGCUAUCAUCGGCCAUGAUGGCAGUGUCUGGGCUAAGAGCUCAGCCUUCCCUCAGUUAAGUGGUAGUGAGAUCAGUGACAUCAUGAAAGAUUUUGAUGAACCAGGCCAUCUUGCACCUAAAGGCUUACACCUUGCUGGUACAAAGUAUAUGGUCAUCCAGGGUGAGCCUGGUGUUGUCAUCCGAGGCAAAAAGGUUAUCCAUUCCAUUAUUUCAUUACACCUACAUUUUUUUACUGCUAUGCAAAUGGGAAGAUGUGGAGCAGGAGGAGUGACUAUAAAGAAAACAGGACAGGCUCUUAUAUUUGGUGUGUACGAAGAGCCGGUAACCCCAGGACAAUGCAACUUAGUUGUUGAGAGGUUGGGUGAUUAUCUUGCUGAUCAAGGACUCUGA